GCAGCCUCCCCUCCCCGACUCACUCCCUGUCUGCUCUCAGCUACUGUACCUAGCAGAUUGGGGGAGGAAUUUUACCCAGGGACAGAGCCAGGCAGCUCAGGGAGGGGGGCAGUUUGCAAGGAUGGCUACUCUGGUGGGGCCAGGAGCAGACAUCGACCCUGCAAAGAGCAUCCUUAACCCAUCUUCAACCUCCCCAUCGCUAUCACACAGGUUCCUUGACAGUAAAUUCUACCUGCUGGUGGUGAUUGGAGAAAUAGUGACAGAGGACCAUUUAAGGUGUGCCAUCUCUAACAUUGAAAAAGGAAUUCGUUCAUGGGACACAGAUCUGAUUCAAUGCAACUUAGAUCAAGAACUCAAGCUCUUUGUAUCACGUCACUCUGCCAGAUUCUCUCCCGAAGUCAGAGGACAAAAAAUCCUUCAUCACAGAAGUGAUGUCUUGGAGACGGUGGUUUUAAUCAACCCAUCUGAUGAAGCCGUCAGUACUGAGGUACGGUUAAUGAUCACCGACGCCGCGAGACACAAGCUUCUAGUGCUCACUGGACAAUGCUUUGAAAAUACUGGUGAACUUAUACUGCAAUCGGGAUCUUUCUCAUUCCAAAACUUUAUUGAAAUCUUCACAGACCAAGAGAUUGGUGAACUGCUAAGUAACACACAUCCUGCUAACAAGGCGAGCUUGACACUAUUUUGUCCUGAAGAAGGAUAUUGGAAAAAUUCCAAUCUAGACAGGCACAACCUUCAAGAUUUCAUAAACAUCAAACUUAAUUCUGCCUCAAUUUUGCCCGAAAUGGAAGGACUUUCUGAAUUCACAGAGUAUUUGUCAGAAUCUGUAGAAAUACCUUCACCUUUUGAUAUUUUGGAGCCACCAACCUCUGGAGGCUUUUUGAAGCUUUCAAAGCCUUGUUGCUAUAUUUUCCCCGGGGGCAGGGGGGAUUCAGCUCUGUUUGCUGUAAAUGGAUUCAACAUGCUUAUUAAUGGAGGAUCAGAGAGAAAGUCUUGCUUCUGGAAACUCAUCAGACAUUUAGACAGAGUAGAUUCUAUUUUACUCACCCACAUUGGAGAUGACAACUUGCCCGGUAUUAAUAGUAUGCUGCAAAGGAAAAUGUCAGAGCUGGAAGAGGAACAGUCUCAGGGUUCAACAACUAAUAGUGAUUGGAUGAAGAACUUGAUAUCACCGGACCUUGGUGUUGUGUUUUUAAAUGUUCCAGACAACUUGAAAAAUCCAGAACCCAACUUUAGAAUCAGAAGAAGCAUAGAAGAAGCAUGCUUUACUCUCCAAUAUUUAAAUAAACUAUCAAUGAAACCAGAACCUCUUUUCAGGAGUGUGGGAAACACAAUUGACCCUAUUAUUUUAUUCCAAAAAAUGGGUGUUGGGAAACUUGAGAUGUAUGUUUUAAACCCAGUGAAAGGUAGUAAAGAAACGCAAUACUUUAUGCAGCAAUGGACAGGUAGCAAUAAAGAGAAAACUGGCUUGGUGCUACCCAAUGGUCAAGAAGUUGAAAUUCCUGUAAACUAUUUAACUUCCAUUUCAUCACUGAUUGUAUGGCAUCCAGCAAAUCCUUUAGAAAAGAUAGUGAGGGUUUUAUUUCCUGGAAAUACAACCCAAUAUCAAAUUCUUGAAGGUUUGGAGAAACUUAAGCAUCUGGAUUUCCUGAAACAGCCUGUAAUCACACAGAAAGACCUAAGUGAUAAUACACCAAGCCCUGCCGUAAAACAAGCAAAACUGAAACAAAGAGCAGAGAGCAAAGAAAGCUUGAAAAUGUCCAUGAAAACCACUUCCAGCAAGACAGUCAAGAAAGACUCUAAGGACGAAUCAACUGAAUCUCUAAAAAUUUCACAAACUGAGCAGACUCCAAAACUAGAAAGCAAAGAAAAAGUUGUAGUUAAGAAGACACAAAAAACAGAGUCUAAAAUUGUGCCAGAAAAAAAUGUGUCCAACAAAGAAGAACCAGUUAUUAAAUUGGAAUCCGUUGAAAAGCAAAAGACAGAAGUUAAACCUAAAGCCAUGAAAGAGAAAGCAGUAAAAAAAGAAGUAAAAGCAAAAUCGGAAGAUGUCAAAGAAGAUAAAGAAAAGCCAAAAAAAGAAACUCCUAAAAAGGAAGAGAAAAUUGCAGUUAAAAAGGAAGAGAAACUCAAGAAAGAGGUGAAGAAAGAAACAAAGAAAGAAGACAAAAAGGAGGUAAAGAAGGAGGCCAAAAAAGAAGUGACACAGAAGGACUCCAAAAAAGAUGAGAAAAAGGAAGCUAAAAAAGAGGAGAAAGAAAAGAAAGAAGAGAAGGAAAUAAAAAAAGAAGCCAAGAAAAUUUCUAAGGAUGUAAAGAAAGCUUCUGCCCCAACUCCAGAACCAAAAAAACCUGCUGUGAAAACGAAAGUGCAAAAGAAGGAUGAUCAUGUAAAAAAAGAUUCUGUAACUCCAAGCAAAACCAAGGAAAAGAGUAAAGUAACCAAGAAAGAAACCAAAAUCACAGGGAAGAAAGCCGUGGCAGCUGCGGCAGCUGUCGUUUCCACUGCUGCCGUAUCUGCUGCCGCUGCUGUGGCUUCUGUUUCAGCUGCCGCUGCACCCACUGCCAAAGUAACAGAACUUGAGGCUCAGAGAUCCUUAAUGUCCUCUCCAGAGGAUUUGACAAAAGACUUUGAAGAACUCCAAGAUGAAGAAGGCCUAUUGAAAAAAGAAGUGAAACCUCACCUUGAUGCCUUAGAACCUAGUAAUGAAGCAGAGAUAGUGCAGAGUGAGUCUUACAUCAUAAAUAAAGACAACACAAGCAGUGAAGAACCUGCAGAUUCUCCUGAUGAAGGUAUAACCACCACAGAAGUUGAAGGUGAAUGUGAACAAACUCCAGACGAAUUAGAGGUACUAGAGAAACAAAGAGUAGAUGAGAACGAGAAAUUUGAAGAUGAAGGAACGGGGCUUGAGGAAUCCUCUGAAGCUGGGGACUAUGAAGAAAAAGCAGAGACAGAAGAAGUUGAGGAACAAGUAGAAGAUAUAGAAGAAAGAACAUCACUAGGAGAGCAACCAGCCACUGAAAUUGCUGAAGCUGAUGAAACUGAAGAGGAAGCUGACACUGAUGUCUAUGAGCACAUUAAGAGCAAGCAUGGCAGUCAUGAAGAUAUUGUUGAUUCUGAGGUAGGGGAUGAACAAGCCGAAGAUGAAAUUGAUGAGAGUGCUGAAAAAGGAGAAGCUGAGGAAACAGAUGAAGAAGUGGAAGAAGACAAAAUAGACAAUGAAAAAGAUGAUGAAAAGGAAGUUGAAAAAUUAGAAGCUGAAGAAGUUUAUACAUCUACCAUAAGAAACAAAUCUGAGAUUUUCAGUGACAUAGAAGAUAAAUAUGCGUUAUCAGCUACACCAUCUAAGACAUCUGAGCCCCAGUCACCAGCUGUAGAGCCAGGUGCUUCUAUUCAUGAUGAGACCUUACCUGGGGGUUCAGAAAGUGAAGCAACUGUUUCUGAUGAAGAAAAUAAAGAAGACCAACAUGAGGAGUUUACUGCUACAUCCGGUUUUACACACUCCACAAUUGAAAUUUCAAGCGAACCAACUCCCAUGGAUGACAUGUCCACUCCAAGAGAUGUAAUGAGUGAUGAAACAAACAAUGAAGAAAGUGAAUCGCCAUCUCAAGAGUAUGUCAAUAUUACAAAGUAUGAAGCUAACCUAUACUCCCAGGAAUACGACAGAACAAAAAUAUCACCACUUCCAGAUGUUUUAAAUGGAUUUUCUGAUGUGUCAAAAACCGAUGCAACUGAUGGUAAAGAAUACAGUGUUUCAGCUUCUACCAUUUCUCCUCCAUCAUCAUUAGAAGAAGACAAAUUUAGUAAAUCAUCUUUGCGUGAGGCAUACAUAUAUGGAAAUAUCGAAGUAGAAGGUUCAACGAAACUAGAAAUUCAUGACAAUUUUGAGCUUAAAGAAAACCACAGUCCAAAUAAAAGUCCAAUUGCCUCAUCACCAAUUUCUAAAACACCAGUGAGUGAAAGAAGUGUCAAUUUUGAUCUGACUCCUAAUGAAAUUAAGACAUCAGAGCUUGAGGUUUUACCACCAUUGCCAGAUGAAGUCCAUGAAGUCACUGAACAGUGUGCUAGUCCAGAUGAGAAAACUAUAGAAGUUGCUUCUUCUUCACAAUCCCCUGCAGGAAGCGCAGGCCACACCCCAUACCAUCAGUCACCAACCGAUGAGAAAUCUGCGAACUUUGUUUCACAAUCUGUGGAAAAGACUUCUAUUCCUGUUAUAUUUGAGUUUUGUGAUACCAAAGAAAAGACUGAUAGCAGCAGAAUAAGUCCCAUGGAUGAACCAGUGCCUGAUUCUGAAUCCCCAAUAGAGAAAGUUUUAUCCCCAUUACGUAGUCCACCAUUGAUAGGGUCAGAAAUGUCGUAUGAAAUGUUAUUGACAACAGAUGUCAGGUCACUAGCUGCAAACAGUGAAAUAGUUGAUGGAAAACCUUCUCCAGGUCAUUUUAGUCCAUCAUCAGAAUUAGCAUCUGAUGGAAUUAUCCAGCAAGAAGAGAGUCAUUCUAUUUUAUCCAGCAAAGGAUUUGUUGCUGAAAGGACAGUUGAUUAUUUUGAGAAUUCAACUGUACCAUCUGGCAUUGUUGAUGGAAAAAAACUUGCAGGAGACUUUUCUCCAACUCAGAUAAACACAAAUCCUUUUAUGUUAUUUAAAGAGGAUACCAAAAUGUCAAUUUCUGAAGGAACAGCAUCUGAUAAGUCUGCCACUCCUGUAGAUGAAGUCAUAGCUGAAGAUACGUAUUCACAUAUAGAAGGUGUGGCCUCUGUUUCCACUGCAUCUGUUGCUACUAGUUCAUUCCCAGAGCCAACCACAGACGACGUGUCCCCUUCUCUACAUGCUGAAGUUGGCUCACCUCAUUCCACAGAAGUUGAUGAUUCAUUGUCAGUAUCUGUUGUCCAGACCCCAACCACAUUCCAGGAAACAGAAAUAUCACCAUCUAGAGAGGAGUGUCCUCGACCAAUGUCUAUUUCUCCACCAGAUUUCUCACCUAAAACAGGAAAAGCUACCACACCACUUCAGGAGUUGAGGUCACCUGAACAAUCCACAAUGGAAUUCAGCCAGGAAUCACCAGAACAAUCUUUUGCUAUGGACUUUAGCAGGCAAUCUCCUGAGCACCCCGCAGUUGCUUCAAGUAUGCUCCAUAUAUCUGAAAAUGGACCCACGGAAGUUGAAUACAGCCCUUCAGAUCCUCAUGAUUCUUAUUUUGGUAACAAAAUGUCCACUGACAAUGAAUACUACACUGCAGACAAAAAGAAUGAGCAGGCAGCAGCAGAAUCUCAGGUGGAUGCCUCCCUAUCUACUUCUUCAGCGCACACACCUUCACAAGUUUCUUCUCCUUUGAAAGAGGAAGAUUCUCUGAAAGAUGUUAUUGAAAAUGCAGACUUGCCUCUGUACUCUCCACCAAUUCUUGAACACAUGCAUUUCAUGGAAGACAUUAAUUCUCCUGAAACAGAUAUUUCCCCAUUAACUCCCACUCCAUCAUCACUGAGACAGUCACCUGGUGUUACGGACUCCACAUUAACAAUCAAGGAGUCUUCUGGUGAUUACCGCUCACCAUCACCAUCUUUACAGUUUUUAUCUGAUGUACCAUAUAGUUUUCAGUCAAAGAUUUCACCCCAUUCAACAGUGAAAGAGCCCCAUAGCCUGCACAGCACAAAUCCAUUUGCUAAUGCAACUGAUAUAGAUGACAGGGAUCAAAUGGGUGACAUAUGUGAAGCCUACAGGUAUUCCAGUGAAGCAAAUGAUAGAUUUGAUACAGCUGAGAAAUUAUCUUUUGCAGAAGCCCGACAAGAUGUUGACCUAUGUCUUGUAACUGCUUGCGAAUAUAAGCACCCAAAAACAGAACUGUCACCUUCUUUUAUUAACCCAAAUCCUUUAGAAUGGUUUGCUAAUGAAGAGAAUGCUCAAGAACAAGAAAAGCCAUUAGCCCAACUUGGAGGUGGUCAGCCACCUUCAGGAGGAAAACCUAAAGUUCGCCAGUGUGAUGAAACCCCUCCAACUUCUGUUAGUGAGUCAGCCCCAUCUCAAACAGACUCCGAUGUACCACCGGAGACCGAGGAAUGUCCUUCUAUAACAGCAGAUGCAAACAUAGACUCAGAAGAUGAAUCUGAGACCAUUCCUACAGAUAAAACAGUCACAUAUAAACAUAUGGAUCCACCUCCUAUUCCUGUACAUGAUCCAAGCCCCUCUCCACGGCACCCUGAUGUAUCCAUGAUGGACCCUGAAGCGUUGCCCGUUGAGCAGAAUUUAGGAAAACCUAUGAAGAAGGAUAUAAAAGAAAAGACAAAAACUAAGAAAGUAGGCACCAAAACAAAAUCAUCAUCUCCAGCCAGGAAAAGUGAUGGUAAAUCCAAGCUCUCAACUGCUUCUCCAAAACCAGGACCCAUCAAAGAAACAGAGAAGAGUUCUAAGUCUGUUUCUCCUAAGAAGAAAGAUUCUGUAGAAAAGGCACCAAAGGGUUUAAACCAAGACGUAAAAGCCUCAAGACCUGAUGAGAAAGAUAAGGAUACCAAGAAUGCUACAAAUACAACAGCCACCAAAUCUGCAAAGACUGGAACCACAGGAAGUGGAACCAGCAAAACAUCAAAAUCAUCUGCUGUACCUCCUGGACCACCAGUGUAUUUGGACUUGGUGUAUGUCCCAAAUCACAGCAACAGCAAAAAUGUGGAUGUGGAGUUCUUCAAACGGGUCCGAUCCUCGUAUUAUGUCGUAAGCGGGAAUGAUACAGCAGCCGGGGAACCCAGCAGAGCUGUUCUGGAUGCUCUUCUAGACGGAAAAGCUCAAUGGGGGAGCAAUAUGCAGGUAACUUUAAUUCCAACUCACGAUUCUGAAGUUAUGAGGGAGUGGUACCAGGAGACCCACGAGAAACAGCAAGACCUCAACAUCAUGGUGUUAGCCAGCAGUAGCACGGUUGUAAUGCAAGAUGAAUCUUUCCCUGCAUGCAAGAUUGAACUGUGAAAAGGCCACCUCACACCCCAUCACAUAACUCAACGGAUUUCAAGAAAUGUCACACAGAGAUUACAAAAUGUCUUAUUAAACUGCAAAACUAUUAAUUGCCCAAUGCUAUCCUGUGUCCUGCUGACACCUAUGCCAAUAUUCCUACCAACAUGUCAAGUUACAAUGUUUCCAUCACACAACACUGCAAGUUAACCCAUCCAGGUUUAAAAUACAGGUUUGUACAACAUGCUCUUUCACCACCAUAAUUUCCUCUAGCCCA